AUGUAGAAUCUUUCUACUUUAGAAUAUUUGAUUUCGAAUCAAGGUAAAAAUACUUCAGAACUAAAUAUAUAUAAUGUAAUACAGUUUGAUGAAAGUAUUUCCAGUGUAGCUGAAUAAGAAUUAAAUUUAAUGGAUUAAAAAACAGAGUUCUUAAAAUGCAUUUCUUAAGAUUUUAUUGAACUACAAAAUCUAGAAAAGACAGGUGUAAAACUAUGCAGUGAACGAGAUGAACUAGAAAAAAAGCUUAAGUAAUUAUAUAAAGUGAACCCAAAUAAUGAAUAUCUCAAUUUUUUAAUUUCUAAUUAUUUAUGCUGCUUGAGCUUUGAUGACUCUAGGGAACAAUUUUUGCAAAAUCUUAAAUACUAGAAAAAGCCAAAUCAGAAGAUAUUCUAAGCUGCCUUUUCCAAAAACUCAGCCGUUGUUUUUAUAUCACUACUUAAAGAUGAGUUUGCACAUAUAAAAAACGUCUCUAAUAGUUUCUUAUUAAAUUUUUAGUACGAGAAAAGAAAUAUACUUGAUAAAAAUGUUGCAAUCUUAAUGCCGAAAAGCAUUGGUAUGUAGCAUGAUAAAAUAAUUUCUAGAUAUGUAGAAAGAGGUUUUUUUGAAGAGUAAAAAAUUAAAGAUAUAUAACCAUUGUAUGCUAUCAAUUCUAAAGGUUUUUUAAUUGAAAUCUAACUAAAUCUUCAAAUUAGUUUAAUGGGUCUUAAUUAAAUUGGAGUAAGCGGUUUGAUAUAAGUUAAUAAAUCGUUAAAUGAGUAUGUUGUGAUUACAGAUGUAAUCAAUAAUAAUCUUGUGUAAGCUGCCUCUACUUAAAUCUAUAUUGAUUUAUUCCAUCCAUAUAUCGAAAAGCAAGAAGAAUACAAAAAAAUAUUCAUGCCUUAAUGCAUUCCUCUUCUACCACAUGUAAUUAAAGCAACUAUGUUAGAAUUUAAUUAAAGAUUAGGCGAUAAAUAAGAUAAUAAUAAUUCUAUUUAAGGGAUAGCAAAAAAAGCUUAAAUCAUUAAGUCAAAAAAAAUAGAAACAAUUGCAUUUCUUCCUAAAUUUAGAAAAAAUGGAAUUUCAAGAUUGUUUUUGAAACCCUACGAUUUAGAAUAAAUGAUUAGAAAUGGGCUGUUUACAUUAAAUCUGAAUGACAUUUAUAUAGUUUAAUUCAAAGUUCAAGUUACUAUAGAUGAAUUUUUGAAUGUAGGAUAACUUGUCUUUAAAACUAUUAAAAAAAUUGAAAUUUAAGAGUAAUAAAUUUAAAGUAUUAACUUGCUAUUUUUGGAAUAAUUGAAGUAGUAUUGUCCAAAUUGCAAUUUUUCUUAAGAAGAAAUUUAAUCUCUUUUCUUUAUGAAUGACUGGCAGACCUAAUUAUUUAGCAAAAUAAAUUAGGUUGUUGAUAAGUAUUCUCAUCAUCAUUAAAGCUUAACAAAUUUAAACACAAUUAAAAAGUAAUAUGAAAACUAAAUAGAAGAAAUUUCAGAAGAAAAAGAAGAGGUUUUGAAUUAAACAGACAGAGAUACUUAAUUUAUAUCUCAAAGAAACUAUCUGAAUCACUUUGAUGCUGAUAUUUAAAAGGAGGAUAACAUAUUAUCUGUAUAAAGAGAUAUAGGAAGUAUAGAUAAUCUUAUGACUCCCAAAGAGAAGCAUAAUAAGCCACUGUUUUCACAUAAGCAAAUUCAAAUUGUUGCUUAAGAAAGUUGGAUUAAGAAUUUUGAACAUUAGUAAAUAAGUAGUCAAUAACAUGGAUCUAAAGAUCUACGAUCUAACGAAACUACCAACAUAUUAAGCUAAACUUCUUUGUAAUCUCCUAAAUAUAAAGAGAGUUAAAAGUUAAUAAUUCACUCUUCUCGAGGAUCAAAAAAUUUUGAUUUAUUACCAUUAAGUAUGAAGUAGAUAACACCAAAUUAUACUUAAAGCUAAUCACUAAAAAAAAUGAACUCUAAACAACUCUCAGACAUCAACGAAAAGCUUGAAGCAUAAAACGAAUAAAAAAAUUUGUCUGACGAAGUUUAAGCUGUGCACUAACAGUCUGUUUCAUCAUCCAGAAACAAUCAAUUCACCUCAAUAAAAAAGAUUAUAAAAAAUUCUUUUGAAAAACCAAGUAGAAGUAGAGUUUUCAACUAGAUUUUGAUACUAGCAGUUAUUUCACUAAUAAUCGUAGGGAUAAUUAUUAUUGUCUUCUUUUUCAACCUUGAGCAUAAGUUUGAUUUAUAAACUAAAGAUUUCUACUAUAUUCCAUGGGGCAUGAAUAUCAGAAUUUCAAUAAGUAGAAUUUUCAAAAACCAUAUUUUUGAAAAAUUUACAAAUAUUCCAGAUUUUGGAAUGUAUAAUAAUAGAAAUAUUUUAUCUCCAAUUUUUAACUAGAAUAAAUAUGAUUAAAAUACUUAUUUUAAAGAUCAAAUACUUGAGAUAGUAUAAGAACCGAUGAUUGAUUUGUUUUUAUUGCAAUAUAUCACUGAAAAAAACUUACCAGUAAGCUUUUAUAACAAUAACACAGAUUUUACUACUUUAGAAACGAGAGUGUAACCUGCUUUAAACUUUUAUGGCAUAUAUAUGUUUUAAUUUGCAAAUUAUAAUAUGAAUGAUCCCAACAAAAGUGAUAAGCUUAUCAUGAUUAACCUUUUUAAUAAUUUUUUAGUUUUAGUUAAGAACUUUGCAAACAUUUAGUCUCUUUAAGAGUAAAACAUUUAAACAAAUAAUAAUUAAAUUUAGAGUAUAGUCUUAACACUGCUUUGCUUAAUUUGUGUUAUCUCUUUAGCAUUUGUACUAACAAUUAUUCCUACUUUUGCUUAUUCUCAGCUUAAAAAGUAGCGAAUAUUUUUUUUAUUUUCUACGAUUGAUCCAUAAAGAAUUAAGGAAAUGCAUAAAGUAAUUCUAAUUGCAAGUCAAUAAAUAAUCUAGUAUAAAACCAAGUCUCACCAAAAAAAUCUAUCUCAUUUUGGAACAAGUUAAUAUUUAAAAAAUCAUUAGUUAAAAGAAAGCGAAUUAAUUAACAAAAAGAAAAAAAUUUCAUCUUCUUCUUAAUAUCCCAAAUAUAGUUUUAGUUUAAUUCUAAAAUGUUUAAUUGUCUACAUCAUACUUAUAGUCUAUCCUGUUGUUAACUAUAUUAUUACUAAUACUCUAACUUCUCAAUCAGGCGAAAACCAAACACUACAAGGAUUAAUUCAAACUGCGAAGGCUUAAAUUUCAAGCAACAUUGCAACUUUUGGAUUAUGUGCUCAUUCAGAUCUAAAUCUUAGCAAUGAUUAUGACCUUUUUCCUAAGUAUCAGUAGAGAUUUUUAAGUGUUUUAUAGUAAGGCCCAACAACACUGUCUCAAUUUUAAACAAGUAUUUAAUAAUAACAAUAAAAAGGUAGGUUUAACCAAUAAUUAUAUACUGAUUUCUUUUUCAAUAUCAUAACAAGCGAUGCUUGUGCAGUUUUAAAAAAUUAUCCAUAAUACUUUAAUAAAACUAUAUUAAAUUACUAAAGUUGCACAUCUACUUACAAUUCGGUUCUGCAAAGUGGGCUACUUAAUGCUAUAAAUAUUUUUUCUGACUUCUUUGUUAAUGCUUAUGAAAUUUAUCAAAUAAAUGAUAAAUAAAAGAGAUAUAGUGCUCUUGUAUAACUUAUAUAAAAAAACGACUUAUUUCAAGUUAAUAAUCUCUAUGAAAUGAUUAUAGAAUUUAUGACAGGGUUAACUAAAUUUAUAGUAGAGACAAAUGAUUAAUUUUUUUCUCAGAUGAAUUUGGUUUAAAAAAUUUUGAUGGUCUAUCAAUUUAUUGUUUUAGCGAUUGUCUACCAAUUUGGGCUAGUAAAAUAUUUUAAGGAUAUUACAUUUUAGCUAAAAAGAGCAAAGCAUGUUCUAACAAUUUUCGAAAUAACCUAUCUUGUUGAAAAUUCUUAUAUAUUAAACUAUUUAUCAAAAUGA